AUGGUCUCGAGAACGAAGCAGCAAGUCAUAGACGAGAAGAUCGCUCUCCUCAAGGAGAACAUCGAGGAGGCGUUUCAUACCGAACUUCUUAGGGAUAUCCUCGAUGAGCGGCCUCUCAAGAUCUACUGGGGCACUGCGACGACUGGACGCCCUCACUGCGGUUACUUUGUGCCCGCUGUCAAGAUUGCCCAGUUCCUCUCUGCUGGCUGCGAGGUUACCAUUCUCCUUGCCGACCUCCAUGCCUUUCUCGAUAACUUGAAGGCUCCCAUCGAACUUGUGAACCAUCGCGUUGAGUACUAUCGAUUUGUCAUCACAGCAAUGCUGAAGGCCUGCGGAGUACCCGUCGACCAGCUACGCUUUGUCAAAGGAAGCGACUUCCAGAAAAGUGAAGACUAUGCCUUUGACUUGCUGAAGCUUUCCUCACUCGUGUCUGAGAAACGGUCCAAGAAAGCCGGAGCUGACGUGGUCAAGCAAACCGACAACGCUCCCCUUAGUGGCCUCAUCUACCCUUUGAUGCAAGUACUGGAUGAGCAGUACCUGGACUGCGAUAUUCAGUUUGGCGGACUGGAUCAGCGGAAGCUUUUCGCUGCUUCUACCGAGUGGUUGCCCAAGCUCGGAUACCGGAAGCGUUCCCAUCUUAUGAGCCCCAUGGUUCCUGGCUUGAACGGAAACAAGAUGAGCUCAAGUGAUGAAGGCAUGUACCAUAACUUCAAGAUUGAUCUCUUGGACGCCCCCGAGAUCGUGGCCAAGAAGGUCAACAAGGCCCACUGUGUUGCAGGAGAAAUCGAAGACAACGGCUUGAUCGCACUUGUGCUGUAUGUCCUCAUGCCACUCUCCAAGAUGAAGACAGGUACUCCCAGGUUCACCGUUGAGGUGGACACCGCCAUGCUCAAACACUACACCAACAUCGAUGAUGUUCGGAAUGACUACAAGACUCAUGUGCUCACGCCUCAGAUGUUGAAAGUCGCCGUAGCUAAGGGACUCAACGAGAUCAUGGACCCUAUCCGCGCCGAGUUUGCGGCCUCAGACGAGUGGCAGGAAAUCACGCUCAAAGCUUACCCUCCGCCCGCUAAGAAGGAAAAGAAAGUCAAGAACUUGGGUACGCGAUUCCCUGGUGCCAAGAGCGGUGAAUCCUCCAAGGACACUGAGAAGGACACUGAGAAGGACACUGAGAAGGACACUGAGAAGGACACUGAGAAGGAUACUGAGAAGAACGUAGAUGAACAUUCUUAG